GCUUAGGCGGGCCCCCCACUGCAAUUUUUAUUUUAUUUUAUUAUAUUUUUCCCUCUCCUCUCUCUUCCGUAAUGCCUUGUAUUAUUGCCUUUUUCCAUUUUUUUUCCCCUUCGAACACGGAUAUGAAGAGCGGCUAAAAAGAGAUGAUAGCAGAUAAUCAGAUUUCGCUUCUGUUGGUUAUGGAAUAGGUGAUUGCAGACUAGUAACAGCAGCAGCUAACCUUUUCAACUAUAAGAGACAUUAAGAAGAUAGUAAUUUGAUAGAGUUAUCUUCUCUUCUUAUCUGUUUUCGGAAGGGGAUUGGAUUCAUUGCUGAUUUGAGUACAAUUGAUAAGAAAGAGGAACUUUUUCUCUCUGCUGCUUAAACCCUGAAAAGUGCACAUCGAAGAUAUCCCUGGAAAAAGAUUAGUUGGAGACUCUACUGUCUCUCCCUUCUCACGCAUCCAUCCAGUUCUCUGUAGAAUGCUUUCCUGAAGUACUGAAUUAUGCUGGAUGAUGUUCCUUCUCAGUACAUGCCUGGAGUACAAAGUCAGUUAAUGAUGUCCUACAAAAAGGAACCAUGGAACAUAUUUCAGACAAGAGAUACCCAGUCAAUGCUGAAGAGUACAAGUUGUACGAGGAAGUUGGGGAAGGAGUCAGUGCUACCGUGUAUAGAGCUCUCUGCAUUCCAUUCAAUGAAAUAGUUGCUAUCAAGGUUCUUGACCUGGAAAGAUGCAACAAUGAUUUGGAUGGCAUUCGUCGAGAGGUACAGACUAUGAGCUUGAUUGAUCACCCGAAUUUAUUAGGAGCACAUUGCUCUUUUCCUAAUGGUCGCGACCUUUGGCUUGUGAUGCCAUACAUGUCGGGUGGAUCUUGUCUUCACAUAAUGAAAUCUGCUUAUCCAGAGGGUUUAGAGGAACCUGUUAUUGCCACACUAUUACGUGAAGUUCUUAGUGCUCUUCUUUAUCUCCAUGCCCACGGGCACAUCCAUAGAGAUGUUAAGGCUGGAAAUAUAUUAAUUAAUUCUAGUGGUGCUGUCAAGUUAGCUGACUUUGGAGUAUCAGCUUGCGUAUUUGAUACUGGAGAUAGACAGCGCUCAAGAAACACUUUUGUUGGAACUCCAUGCUGGAUGGCCCCUGAAGUAAUGCAGCAAUUACAUGGAUAUAACUUUAAAGCAGAUAUUUGGUCGUUUGGAAUAACAGCUCUUGAACUUGCUCAUGGUCAUGCCCCAUUUUCAAAGUAUCCGCCAAUGAAGGUGUUGCUGAUGACAUUACAAAAUGCGCCGCCCGGUCUUGACUAUGAAAGAGACAAGCGGUUCUCAAAGUCUUUCAAAGAGAUGGUAGCUGCUUGCUUGGUGAAGGAUCCAAAGAAGCGUCCCACUUCAGAGAAGCUUUUGAAGCAUCGCUUUUUUAAAAAUGCACGUUCAAACGAGUAUCUUGCACGAACCAUUCUUGAUGGCCUUGCUCCACUUGGUGAACGUUUUAGAAUGCUGAAGGCAAAAGAUGCUGAUUUUCUGGUGCAGAACAAGGUGAUGAAUGAAGAUAAAGAGCAAUUAUCACAUGUACUGGUUCAGGUUCUGGGUUUGUCAUGGCUGGAAAACUGAAAUCUGAAAUAGUGG